AUGCCAAAUCAAAUCUGAGUGGCAUCAGCGACAUAGCCACACCCAUCCUGUCUGCUCUCGCUCUACGCCGCUUUCAGAGGCACGCGCUGCGAACGCGUCUCUCCGCCAAUUUCGCGUGUAUUUACUCUCAAAACAUGAGCACGGCGUCUUCAUCCAAGAAACGUGCCGCCUCACAGUUGGACGGCGGGGAAGGCCCCACUUCGAACAAAGUUCCCAAAGUGCACCCGUUCUUCUCCAAGACAAAGUCGCCGGCCGUUGCCGACUCGAGCGGCCCGCUGAAGUGGCUGACGCCCCUGGGAACCAUCGGCUCUUGCCUACAUGCGACGCAUCUAGAACCUACACCCUCCGCACGGAUAGCCGCGUUUGAUCUCGACGGGACGGUCAUCGCGUCGCUCCCGUUUUCAGCCCCACCGCUGCAAUGGCACUGGUGGAAUAAGUGCGUGCCGGCCAAGUUGGCCCAGGUCGCGGAGGAGGGGUACUCGAUAGUACUCAUAUCGAACCAAGGCGGCCUCAAAUCCGCGUCAAAAGCCAACAAGUGGAAAGAGAAACUGGGGCUGAUCGCGGCGGCGAUUCCGGACGUUCCAUUCCGACUUUUCGCCGCUACGGCCAAAGAUAGGUUUCGAAAACCCAUGAUCGGAAUGUGGGAAGAACUGGAAAGGCUGUACACGGCCGACGGCGUCCAGAUCGACAAGGAGGGUUCAUUCUUCGUUGGCGAUGCGGCAGGCCGCGUUCAUCCAAACGGCAAGAAGAAAGACUUUGCAUCGACGGAUCGAAAAUGGGCCCUAAAUGUUGAGAUCCAGUUCUACACACCAGAGGAGUACUUUCUGAGCCAGACGCCCGAUACUCAGUUUGCGCUGCACGGUUUUAGUGUCUCCAGCUUGCCUAGUGCUCUUCCUUUGUUCGCCCCAUCCUCGACACCCCUGCUUCCCGACAACCCGACACAGGAGCUUGUCCUGUUCGUCGGAUAUCCAUGUCUAGGCAAAACCACGCUGUUCCGGAAACACUUCGAACCAGCUGGAUACAUCCACAUCAACCAGGACGUGCUCAAAACGCGGGAGAAGUGCGUCAAAGCAGUGGACACUGCGUUGGCUGAGGGGAAGAAGUGCGUCGUCGACAACACCAACCGGGACGCCUCCACACGCAAAUAUUACAUUGAUGUCGCCAAGAAACGCGGCAUCCCUGUGCGCUGCAUGGUAUUUACAGGCUCUUAUGACCUGGCAUGGCACAACAAUCUCUACCGCGCCUAUGGGCUACCUGCCUCCGUCAUAUCGCGCGAGCCUGCCCGUGAACUACUGCCCAUCGGAGCAUUCACAACGUUCCGGGACAAGUUUGAAGAACCGGACCUGUCAGAGGGCUUCGCACAUAUCAUAUCGAUCAACUGGACAUUCGAAGGGACGGAUGAUGAAAAGAAGGCGUGGUCGAGAUGGCUGCAGCUAGAUGAUCCCAAAAAGUGAUAAUGGGAUUGAUUUUCAAGUAAUGUAUUAAUUCAUUGGGCGUCUAUCCGGGCCAUACUGUAUUGGUCGGAUCACAGAGCAAUUUGGGCCUGCUGUUUAGGUCCACAUUGUGGACCUAAACAUGACGCGCUCUACCAACUGAGCUAAGAGGGACAUGCACCUUGGGUUUUAGUACUCGAAAUGAUGUAAGGGAGAAACACCUCCUC